AAACAAAAAAAAACAAAAAAGAGGAGAGUUACCUUCUAUAAAAACCAGGGUUGGAGGUGAAGUCCUGUCAUCAUCAGGAUCACUCAGCAAUCAUGAGGUCUCUGGUUUUUGUUCUGCUCAUCGGAGCUGCAUUCGCCCUUGACGACGACAAGAUCGUCGGCGGGUAUGAGUGCACCCCCCACUCCCAGCCCCAUCAGGUGUCUCUGAACGCUGGUUACCACUUCUGCGGCGGCUCUCUGGUGAAUCAGAACUGGGUGGUGUCUGCUGCUCACUGCUACCAGUCCCGAGUGGAGGUGCGUCUGGGAGAGCACCACAUCCGGAACAAUGACGGAACCGAGCAGUUCAUCACCUCCUCCCGUGUCAUCCGCCACCCCAGUUACAAUUCCUACACCAUUGACAAUGACAUCAUGCUGAUCAAGCUGAGCACUCCUGCCACCCUCAACCAGUACGUGCAGCCCGUGUCUCUGCCCUCCGGCUGCGCUCCUGCUGGAACCAUGUGCUUGGUCUCUGGAUGGGGUAACACCAUGAGCCCCGCCGAUGACGGCGACAAGCUGCAGUGCCUGAACAUCCCCAUCCUGUCCGACAGUGACUGCAGCAACUCCUACCCCGGCAUGAUCACCAACUCCAUGUUCUGUGCUGGAUACCUGGAGGGAGGCAAGGACUCUUGCCAGGGUGACUCUGGUGGCCCUGUUGUGUGCAACGGGCAGCUGCAGGGAAUUGUCUCCUGGGGAUAUGGAUGUGCUGAGAGGAACCACCCCGGUGUCUACGCCAAGGUCUGCAUCUUCAGCGACUGGCUGGAUAGCACCAUGGCCAGCAACUAAGGCGGACACCUUUCCCACCAUCUCACACAGCUGCAUCACUUCUCUUAUUUCAAUCUACAUGUUGAUGUGGAGUUUCAAACAUUUUGCAGCCGGUUACUUUCAGGGCCAAUAAAAUCUUAAA